GAGGAGGCGGUGGGGAAGCUGAGGGCGAGUGUGGAGGAGCAGCAGGCAGCGGCGGAGGCGAAGCGGGGGGAGAUUGGCACGGCGCUCGUGGCAGGGCUGAGCGCGGGCGAGCAGGCCGAGGUGGAGGCGCUGGUGCCGGAGAUUGACAGCGUUAAGCAGCAGCUGCUGGCGUGCAAGCGCACCCGCCUGGAGGUGGAGAGUCGCAUGAGCCAGCUGGAAACUGCUUUAACAGAGAACUUGCUGAGGCGGCAGGACGAGGUGCAGGCGGAGGUGGACGUGGUGUAUGUGGCGUCCCGGCGCAGCGAGCUGGAGGGGCGCCGGGCAGAGGCGGCUGCUGCUGAUAAUGCGCUGCAGGAGCUGGUGCAGGAGCACAAGCGUGUGGGGAGCCGUAUGGAGCAGCUAAUGAAAGAGAUCAGGGAGCUGAAAGCGAACAAGGACAAGCUCAAGCAACAAGAGGAGGAGUGGGAGCGGGCAGUGCAGGACGAGGGCAAGGCGUUGGAGCAGCUGCUGAACCAGCGCAGCGUGUGGCAGCACAAGCGUGACGAGGCGAGCAAGAAGAUCAGGGACCUCGGCUCGCUGCCUGCUGAUGCCUUUGACAAGUACCAGAAGCAGAGUAUGCGCGAGCUGCACCGGCUGCUGCACCAGUGCAACGAGGAGGUGCAGGGCUUUGGACAUGUGAACCGCAAGGCGCUGGACCAGUACGUGAACUUCACGGAACAGCGCGAGGAGAUGCACCGCCGGCAGCUGGAGCUGGAUAGGAGCGAUGAGAAGAUCAAGGAGCUGAUAGGCGUGUUGGAUCAGCGCAAGGACGAGGCCUUGGAGCGCACCUUCAAGCAGGUGGCGCGUAACUUCCGAGAGACCUUCGCGCAGCUCGUGCGCAGCGGGCACGGGUCCCUGGUGAUGGUGCGCAAGAGGAAGGAGGACGAGGCGGUGGAUGAGGAUGAGGACGAUGAGGAGGGCGGUGGCGGGGGAAGAGAUGGCGAAGCGGACAGCCGGCUGGAUAAAUACGCGGGAGUCAGGGUCAAGGUGUCAUUCACAGGGCAGGGAGAGACGCAGGCCAUGCGGCAGCUGUCGGGAGGGCAGAAGACCGUGGUGGCCCUCGCACUCAUCUUCGCCAUCCAGCAGUGCGACCCCGCUCCAUUCUAUCUGUUUGAUGAGAUAGACGCAGCUCUGGACCCCCAGUACCGGGCUGCUGUGGGAAGCAUGAUCCGCAAGCAAGCAGACGAGUCGGGCACGCAGUUUGUGAUCACGACGUUCCGCCCGGAGCUGGUGAAGGUGGCGGACCGCGUGUACGGGGUGUUCCAUAAGAACCGUGUGAGCACCGUGAAGGUCAUCGACCAGCAUGCUGCUCUUGCAUUCAUUGAACACGACCAAGGCGGGCCGACCGAAUGA